ACUCCAUCUCCAUCGCUCCACCUUUCCCCCCCAUCUCCACCACCUUAAAACCGGUGAACCUCUUCAACACAACCACCCCCAUCUGCAACAGCGCCCCUAAUAUUUCUUCCCUCGCAUCACACCCCCAUCCGCCAUCCAUGCCCCCAUGACCCUCUAUGACCACACCGGACGUCUAUCGAGAUGCGGAAUACAUCGCUGACGUGUCCGGCAUCAUCCCCUACGACAACGAUAGCCACCAUGCCACCAACCAAACGCCCGACAUCACAGCCCGCCUAAAAAAGGUACAAACAUCCGCCAAAGUCGCCUUCAUCGAUCGACUCCUCCGCGAUCUAGAUAUCUUAAUUUACUGCGAACUUUCGGCUUUGUAUUAUAUGGACUGCUCAAUAACUCUCUUCUCCCUACGCGCCAUAAUCCAACUAAUAUUCUUCACGCCGAAAUCCCCACCCUUCGAACCCACGCGAAACCAACCCUUCAUCACCGCCAUCCUGGGCAGUAAUAUCUUCUGCAUGCUAUUUCACCAUUUCUGUACGAGACCGGAAGCCAGCGAAGCGACGCGCGGAUAUCUUCACGGUGGAAUCCUGAUUGAUUUUAUUGGACAGAAGGCGCCGAUUCCGUUGGCCAGGUUGCUUUUCUUGGAUUUUUUGGUCCUGGGGUUGGAUUUGAUUAUGUUGGGGUUGAUUGUGGAGAGGAGGACGGAGUUGUUGGGUGGUUCGGAGGAGGCUGCUGGGAGGGAUGCGCAUCCGAUGGAUAUGUUUGUGUCUGGGCAGGCCGUGGUUAUGGAUGUGGGGUUGGUGGAUUUGGUUCGCGAUCAGUGGAGGUAUAGUCCUGCGGCGGCGCGACGGUCAACGCCGUAUGUGCCGUCGGAUCAGACGGCGGCGUUUUUGAGAGAGAGGUUUGGGAUUCGUGUUGGGCCGGAUGGACGGAUGGAGAGGAUUGCGACGGAGUCGUAGUGGCCUUGGUGGUGAAUGUAAUGGAUGGAUGGAUAUGGAUGGUUGUAGACUGGGAGGGGGGCUUGUACAUACUUAGGAUUUACGACGCAUACAUGGCUUGUACUCAUAGGAGUUGAGUUGCUAUUUCGAUCUAAAUGCUGAUGAUACCU